AUGGCUAAUAUAGUAGAAAUAUUUGUAGGAACAGAUUGUUUCGAUCAGAUGUUGUGUCGUUUAGGUACAGUAGAUCAAAAAAGACUAACCUUAAUUGCUCAUAACGCCAGUGGUUUUGACAACUGGAUUGCACUUCAAAGCAUUAAUAAACUAACACAAUGUCCACUAGUAACAGAUAAAAAUAUUCUAUCUCUUCCUUUAUCUAAUCCAUAUACAGAAGAAAGAUUGCAGAAAAAGUGGAAAAGAGAGAAAAAAAUAUCUGAUAAAAAUAACUAUUUACAAAACAUAUGUCUCACUUGUUCCUAUCAACAUGAAAAAUCUAGUUUGGCGAAAUGGGGUAAUUCAGCCAAUCUACCAAUGAAUUUAAGAAAAAUAAUGAAUGUAGACAUUGUUAAAUACACCAAAGAUAAUUGGGAAUCUUUAAAACACGAAUGGGAACCUUACGCUAAAAGAGAUACGUUAUGUCUCGGAUUGUCUGAAGCUAUGAAAGAAACUGUCUUCCAAAACGUUUCAAAUAAUCUAACGGCUCCUUCUUUAUCUUUAAAGGGUUGGUAUUAUUUAUAUCAUUACGAUAAAGAAAUGGUAGAAGAAGAAUGGUAUGAAACUACUAGAAUGGUUCCGAAACACAUUGAAAAAGAAAAAAAUAGAAAAAGUUUAUUCACAUACUCAUCCUUUUAUAAGAUAUUUUAUCAGACAAUCCAUUAA